AUGAAGCUAAAAACUCGCAUCUGCAAAAAGAAUUCGUUGAAGACUUUGGAUGCCACAGAGGAAAGCCAAGCGCCUAGUGGAAAUUAUCCACUGAGCUGCGUCGAUUGGAGCAGCAAUGAGGAGAUUUACUUUGUCAGCGACGAUCAUCAGAUCUACAAGUGGAGCGAUGUGAGUCGCGAUUCAGUGGAGGUGGCCAAGCUGCCGGAUGACUUUAUACCCACGGAUUUGCAUUGGCUGCUCUUGGGUGGUCGCAGCAGCGGCGGUGGCAAGGGCAGCGAUACGCUGCUCAUUUGCAGCAACGACGGGCGCUUCAUUAUUUUGAACAAGAGUGCGCGAGUGGAGCGCAGCAUUGCCGCCCACACAGCGCCAAUUAGUGCGGGUCGCUGGAGUCCCGAUGGUGCGGGCUUACUCACAGCCGCCGAGGAUGGCGUCAUCAAAAUCUGGUCACGCUCCGGCAUGUUGCGCUCCACGGUAGUGCAGAGUGAUGAGCCCAUACGCUGUGCCCGCUGGUCGCCCAACUCAACGGCCAUUGCAUUCAGCCAAGGUGGUCAUAUAUCCAUCAAGCCGCUUGCAGCCAAUAGCAAACUAAUAAGGUGGCGUGCUCAUGAUGGUCUAGUGCUGUCGCUUAGCUGGUCGGCCCAAUCGAAUAUUAUCGCCUCGGGUGGUGAGGACUUUCGCUUUAAGAUCUGGGAUGCUCAAGGCGCCAGUCUCUACAGCAGCGCAGCGGAGGAGUAUGCCAUAACUAGCGUGGCCUUCAAUCCCGAGAAGGACUUGCUGCUGGUGGGCACCGUUACAUGCUCAAGCUUGUGCCACAGCACGGGCUGGUGCUACAACAGCGAGCGCUUUACGGCGCCCAGCGUGGGCUCGUUUCACACCCUGGCCUGGUCGGCAGAUGGCACGCAGGUGGCCUGCGGCACAGCUACGGGUCAGUUAAUCAUGGGCUAUGCCGUGGAGCAGCAGCUGUACUCGCGUAAUCUCAAGGCCAGCAGCACAAGUCGCAAGUCCAUUGCGCUGCAGGAUAUAGCAAAUGGCAGCAGAGAUGUGCUGGAGUUUCCACAGCGUGUCAUCAACUUUGCUUUGGGUUAUGGUCAUCUAGUGGUGGCUACGACGCAUCAGCUGCACAUCUACAAUGAGAAAUAUAUUAAUACGCCCAUUAUAAUUGAUGGACGCAACGAUGUGCGCGUCAUUGAAGUGGGCAAGAAACACUUUAUGGUGCUGGACGCCACCUCCAUUUGGGUUUACAGCUAUACGGGUCGUCUGCAUUUGAAUCCACGCUAUCCUGGCUCGCAAGCGCAGCUGCCCUUGCUCAACUGGCGCAGCUUGAGCUUGGGCCUGGAUGUCUUGGCCAUACGCGACAACUCAGAGACAACUUUACUGCACCUAUUCGAUCUUAUUCCUGGCGCCUCGCGUCAAUAUGAGCCGCAGUCGCUGCGCGCCAAGCAGCCGCUGGCAGAGAUUGCAGCCUGUCGAGCAGGCAGCGCCGAUGAUCAGUUUGUUGCCUUCAUCGACAGCAAUCGCGAGCUGUACAUCAGUGAAACGCGUAAUCUGAAUGGCGGCUCAGCCAACAAUGGCCACAAUGAAAUUUAUAAAAUAGGCACGCAGCUCACAGCCAUCAAGUGGGCAAGUGAAACGAAUAUUCUAGUGGGCGUGCAUGACUCCUGCUACAGCAUUUGGUACUGCCCAGGCGAAGGUGCCUCCGAUCCCACCAUCAUAGCACUCACCACAGUUACACUGGAUACGGCCGAGUUUGGCAAGCAUGUGGACAUUGAUAGCUUCGAGGAUGCUGUCAUUACCUUUCGCUGCGCUGGCGCUCUCUUGCCUGUUAACAUUAACAUCUACUGCGAGGUUCUCCAUCGCACUUUGCAAGAGGGUCAAGGUCAGUGGCAACAGGCACUGAAGAUUUGUCGCCUUGCUCAGCAUACAAGUCUGUGGGCCACUUUGGCUGCGGUUGCCACACGCAAGCAUCAGCUGCAGAUUAGCGAGGAAGCUUACUCAGCCGCUUUGCAGAUCGACAAAGUCAGUUAUCUGCAGCAUUUGAAGACUUUGACACCCUCGAGUCCCGAGCAAAUGGCGGAGAACUCGUUGAUGCUGGGCCGCAUGCUGGAGGCGGAACUAUUCCUGCUGCACAAUCAAAAGUUCCAGCAGGCCGUGGGCUUGGCUCUUCGCAUGCACAACUGGAAGCGCGCCUUGGAGAUUGCCCAGAAGCAUGAGACGGCUGAGCCUGGCUUGGAUUUGCUGCAGCGUGUGCUGGAGCAGCGACGAAAGUAUCUUAAGGCUUUGGCGCGCGAUGAAUGGGAGCCAUUGUAUCUAAGCUAUGCAGUAAAGGAUGAAAGUCCCAGUGAAUGA